CGCAUAUAUAUUAAACACGUUACGAAAUAUCAUUAUAGUUACAAAAUAUCAAUCUCAAGAGUGUAAUAGUAGAUACUUAAAUGCACAAUACACAACACCAAAAUUAGUUAGUUACCAUUAAUCUGUGAAUAUAUAACAUGAAAUAUAAAAGGACACAAAAAGAUUCAAAAAUAGAAGAACCCAAGAAAAAAGUCGAAAUUUUCAAUCACUUUGUCGAUCUACUGUCGGUCUAUAUACAAUGCUUCAAGUUAGACCGCGAUGGCAGCGACCAAUUACGAACACGGUAAAUGUGUAAUGCAAAACAGAGGUUUUCGAUUGGUCGAAAUUCGUACAACGUUGGAGGGGAAGGGAAGUGAAUGUAUGCUGGUCUGGCCCGAACGCGGCUACAUCCCCGUGUCAGAUCAGCGAGCAAGUAGUAACGCUGACGUUAAAAUUUUGUCUUUUGUUUAAUUCAUUUCUAUUUAUUUUGCCGGUAAUCUGGUUGAGUUCGUGGCAUCGUUGAAACAAGCGGCUGAUGAUACGGGGAUCGGGCCAAAUAAUACAAGCAUCGGUUCCAUGGUAAAUUUUCAGUGCGAUCAAGUAGUCGAAAGCGAAUUCAGGCAGCCUUCAACGUAAACAAAAAUGGAGUUAGGGGAGGGAGACGCGCAAAUUUGUCGACUUUGCGGUCAGUGCGAGAGUAUCUACAUUGAUGUUUUCGGUGAGGAAGGCACCAAACGAUUUUUAGGAUUAAAGAUCCACUCAAAAAUCAACAUUCUGAUAAAGAAGAAUGAUGGGCUACCGCAGAUUGUUUGUUUGCGAUGUUUGGGCAUCCUGGAAUUCUUCUGCGACUUUUACGAUCGCUGUCAUCUGGUACAAGAGGGCUUGCAGGCUAGUCCAAAUACAACAGAUGAGAAGUUCCAACAAGAUAGCGAUGCUGAAUCUGAUAAGGAGAACGCUAUUCCAUCUGCGAAUGAGACAAAACGGAAAGCUAAGGCAUUAUCACCUGAAAGUAUAAAGAGUACAAAAAAUUAUCUGUCCGAAAAUAAUACGUCGUACUACAGGACUGAAAGAAAAGAAGAAAACAUCAAUCUCGGAAAUAUUUCCCCUAUUAAUGAUGUUCACUCGGUUACACAAACUAGGGUACAUUUAAACAAUGUAAUUUCAUGUGAAAAAAUAUCGGGGAAUGACCAGCGUGAUGCUAGUAAUUUAGAAGAGAAUACAAACAAUUUAAAACAUAAAAAUUUAAACGACAAUAUAUCGAGAAAGACUGCAGUUCGUACAAGGUCAACGAAUAACUUGAACUCGCCGCAAAAAGAUGAGGAGGACAUUAGUAUAAAUACACAUCAGCCUGUAGGACGUAGAAUAGGACGGAAAAACAAAUUGGAGAAGAUGAGAGGAGUCAGUUUCUCAGCAGGCAGCAGAAAAAGAAGAAAGAGGGAAGAAGAAAAAGAAAAAAUAAUCCAAACUGAUAUGGGUAAGAGUGAUAGUUUAAAUAGUAGUUUAAAAAAUUUGGAUAACAAAUGCAAAGGAAGCUACCUGCAUGUUAUUUAUGAUAAUGAUAAGUCCAAUAGUGUGAUUAAUAAUAUUGAAACCUCUCCACACAAAACCAAACCACAUGUUGAGCAAGAGGCACUGAAGGAACAGGUGGCAGUAGUGGACACAUCCUCAAAUAUAAUUUAUACCAAAGUUAAGGAACCUAAUAUUGUAUACAUAAAUAAUGAAAAUCAUACUGAUGAUGAUUUAGUAAUUAAUAAAUUAAGAGAAAUGGAAUCUGAUGGUAAAAACACAGAAAAACCUGACAGCUAUUUGAACAAUACAGAACAUUGGUCUGUAAAAGGUAAAGCAAUAUCAGUUAUUGUAAAGCAAGAGAAAGGAGAAGCAGAAAGUAUUCCUCCUAGUGAAAUUGAAAAGACAAAUCAGCUUGUUUUGAUUCGUAAUGAGAUACAGAAAGAUAAAAUUGUAGUGAAGAAUCAUGAUCAAAAAGGGAAAAAGAUAGAUUUAACGCGGAUAUCUUGUUCACUGGUAGAGGAAUCUGAAAAAACUGAAAAUAGUGAGACUAAUUUAGUAACAGUACAAAAUAUUAUUAAGCCCUCUGAUGCUUCUAAUAAUCCGCAAUCAAAGAUAUUUACAGAACAAAAUCGUGUAACCGUUAUAAGGUCUUCACAAUCUAACGAAUUAUUAAAUCUAAAAAUGAUGCAGGGAGAUUCCACAGAACCGUGCAUUGCAAUAGAUGUAACAGACCAAAGUACUACAAAUGAGAUAGAAUGCAACCUCAGCAAACGUUCAUCAUCUCGAUUCAGUGAAGAUAGUUUUAAUAAAAUUAAAAGUAAAGAUAGAUCGUUUGGAAAAAUCUCCGAAUUGAUAAGUGACGAACAAAAACAAGCUAUUGAGACUUAUUACACGGUGGACAUGUCGAUAGUAAAUUUAGAAGAAGUCCAAAAGAAUAUAACGAUAAUUAAUAAAAAGAAUAUACGCUGCGAUAUUUGUGGCUCCCUUUAUCUCAGGAUGGAUAAGUGUCAGGUACAUAUUUGGGGACAUUUACAAAUGAAGCCCUAUCAAUGCAAAGCUUGUGACUUUACCACAGUUACUGUUAGCAAUGUUCGAUGCCAUAUCAGAAAAAGUCAUUUAAAAAUUAAACCAUUUGCGUGCCACCUGUGUGAAAAACGAUAUGUAAAUGCCAUUUUAUUAGAAGAGCAUAUUAAUACUCAUACAGGUGCCCGUCCAUACAAGUGUAAGCUCUGUGAUUUUGCAAGUUCCAGUAGACAAAUAUUAAGUUAUCAUAAUGCCACUCAUAAACCAUUGAAGGAUAUUAAUUGUAAACUUUGUGGGAAAGAGUUUUAUUCAAAAAGCAGAUUACGUGCACACAUGAUCGUACACAACAAAGAUAAAGCUGUUAUGUGUAAACUAUGUUCUGCUUAUUUAUCUAAUGCAGAAGCAUUAGAAACACAUCAUAGAAACAUUCACAUGCAAGAUUAUGUAUGUAACAUAUGCGGCAAACACACCAAGUCAAGAAAAGCUUUACACAAUCAUCAAAAUGUUCACGCUGCUGCAAAAUAUAAAUGUACUCUAUGCCCAAAUGUCUAUAAGAGUAGUCAAAUACUAAAAGAACAUCUUUUAAAACAUGAAGGUAUUAGAAAGUACAAAUGUAAUGUCUGUGAAAAGUCGUUUGGUCAGCAGUCUCAUUUAGCUGCUCACAUGGCAGUACAUAGCAAAAUUAGAUUUCAUUGUCCUGGAUGUGACAAACCUUUCAAUCGUCUGGACAAUAUGAAGAUACAUACUAAACGAUGUAAACCAUUUUUGGCAAAUCCAGAGCUAAAAAAUCUUUUAAGUAGGAGAGAUAGGACUAUAUCAUUCAAUAAUAUAGCAGAAUUAACUGCAGAACUAAAGACUGGUAAUAUGACAAAUUCUAUGUCUCAAGUUUCUCUAGAAAAUCAGAAUGAUAAAAUGUUAGUAGUAAAGACUGUAGAACACAAACAAAAGACUGCAUUAAAUCUUUGCAAAUUAGGGUUAAAUAUUUCUUGCAUUGAAUCAACAGAAAAAUCUUCUGGAAAUAAUGCAAUUAAAGUCACAAAUAUCAAUGACGGAUUAAUUCCAGAAAAUGAAGAUGUGUCAAUUCUUGAAAACGUCUUAGGACCGGAAAAUUAUUAAUAUAUUUUCUUCAUUAAAUUAUGCCUAUUAUUUAAAAGUGCUUGAACUUGACUAAAUUCAGAUGAUAAUGUUUAAGGUUUAAUAUUAUAUAAUAUUUUUAUAUAAGAAAUACAUUUUGUGAUAAAUCGACUGUAGAUUAAAUAGAUUAUCGCAUGAAAAUCGAUUUGCACGAUAAUUUGAUUACUACUGUUCCUAUUCGAAACAGUACGUAAUUUAUCAUUAUUUUAUUGUUCGUGCAUUUUGAUGAUUCUAAAUAACUAUACUCGUCUUGAUAAUAAAUUGAUUUCAAGACCAAAGAAAAUUAUCAGUAAAAAUCUAUUUUCUUACUUAACUUACGCAAAGGUGUAUCAAAGCAAAAUGAUACACUCUUACGCUUAUUUAGUUGUAAGAAAAAGAAAAGACUGAUUAAAUUUAUAACUGCAAAAGUUCCUAUGUAAAAUAAUUAAGCUUUGAAAAUGUAUUCAUUCAUGCGGGAAUGAUUUUUGCGCGAAAGUAUAUAUUAUUAAAAUCUCUUUAUAGUCAUUUUUAUCAUAGUAAUGAUUUUUUAGUCAUUCAAUUUUUUAUAUCAGAGUGACAAGUCACACGAAAUGCUUGCCACUUAAACCGAAUAAAAUAUUAAAUAAAAAGAAAUAAAAAAAUAAA